UUUUGGAGAAGCUCCGUUAGAUUUUCAGAGAAAGGGGAUUCGAGCUCAAGAGCGAGGAAAACGCAGGAGGACACGAAACCUCAACCCCCUUUCUCCUGUUUUUGUCUCCUCGCGUGAAAGAAAAACGAAAAAAGGACGCAGGUCUUCACUGUUUUGUUUCCUUCCCAGCCAGAGAGGACUUACACCAUCAGGGGCGAUGAGAUGUGAGUGAGCUAUGCCUUGUGGAAAUGGACAGACUUUAUCCAAGCGAAAACAUGGCGUCUGCGCACCGAGGUUCAGCUUCUUCUCCAGCCUGCUUGUGGCGCUCUGCUGCCUGGAGGUAUGGGGCUCCGGGCCGCAGGGGGACGGCGGCAGGGGCUGCAGCCCCUGUCCCGUUAACUGCAGCUGCGCGCUGGCGGCAGGACAACCGCAGCAGCCGCCGCCGUCGUCUUGCGUUGUCAACUGCUCCAACGUCGGGCUGGAGAGGGCCCCAGCUGCGGCGGACAUCCCGCUGGCCACCAGCGUGCUAGAUCUUUCCAAGAACCACAUCUCCUCCCUUGAUACCAGCCUGUUAGAUCGCCUCACCGGCCUCCGAGAGCUGUAUCUUCAAGAGAAUCGGAUCAAUGUUCUCCCCAGAGGGAUAUUCUGCUGUGGGCCACUGUCAGUUGUCGAUUUGAGCAACAACCAAAUCACCACCAUCGAAGAGAGAAUCUGUGACAACCUAUGCAAUUUGACUCAAAUCGACCUGAGCCGCAACCCCUUUGACUGUGACUGUAAGCUGUUCAGAUUGGUCAGCUGGCUCCAGGAGAAAGGCGUGCGGGUUCGGCGACCGGACGCCAUGCUCUGCAGCCAUCCUCCUGAACUCCGUCACCAGCCGCUGCUCAACGUCAGCCUGCUCACCUGUGGUCUGAACUACGCAGCAUGUCUUGAAGACAGCAGCAGUGUAGGAGUGGGGCGGAGUGAGCUUGUUAUCUUCUCUUCCUCCACACCGGGAAACUUCACACGCGAGCAGUGUAACAGUGUGUGCUUUGCCGCAUCACACCGCUACGGUGGCCUGGGGGCAAGACACGAGUGUCUCUGCAGCACAAACUCGGAGCCCAACUUCAUCAGUGAAUCUCAGUGUUCUGCCGCCUGCACUAACCCCCACGUUAUGAAGGAAUGUGGGUGGACUCUGGCUCACGAUGUCUUUGCGGUGGACUUCUCCAUCUCACUGAAGCCUCUCCCGCUGCAAAGUGUCCUUGACCCCAUCACUCUGGCAGCCGUCUCCUCUGUUACUCCGGUGACGCUGUCCUGGGACUUUGGUGAUCUUUCACCACGGGUCAACACUACAGGAACCGGCCUGACCACAGCGACUCAUAAAUACGGGCUUCCCGGACAAUAUGCCGUCAGCGUGAUGGCCUGGGCUGGAAACAAGGAGGUCUCUGCACGUAAACAAGUGGAGGUGACGGUUCCUCCCAAGCUGGAGCUGCGUUGUCCGUCUCUUGUUGUGGCCAAUCAGAGCUUAGAGUUCACACUUGUCAGCUGGGGGGCCGUUGGUGUGGACGUAAACUGGAAGAUCACAAAGGAUGGCGUCCAGGUUGCUAAAGCCUCCCCUCACUGUCCAAAAGAUGGGGUGUACCACGCCGAGUCCUCACGCUGUUUCCAGAUAGUUCCAGGGGAGUUGAGUUGGAGCGAUGCUCGACAACAAUGUUCAGACCGUGGCGGGGAUUUGGCGAUAGUCAGGAGUGAUGCUCUGUGUAACCUGCUGGCACCCAAAGUCACACAGGAACGAGGUGUGUGGCUGGGCUUGAGUGAUGUUAACUCUCCAGGAAAGCUGCACUGGGUGAACGGCUCUGACGCACAGGAUGGGGAGGAGGGCCCGUCGCCUCGUUCCCCGAUCCCCCGUGGAAACGUGUGCGUGUCCCUCAAUCAGCAUGGUCAGACGAGUUCACACCCAUGCACUGCCAAGCGUGCCUUUGUCUGCCAAUACAGUCCUCAGGUGCAUGUGCCAGAUGCAGGGAUCUAUAUGGUGGGGCUGCCUGUGUUUGCCUCCCACAAUCCUUUGCAGCGUGUCCCAUCUUCUCCACUCACUGCUCCACAACCUCCCAGCAGUGGCAUAGAGGUGCUGCUGUUCCCAGCGCUUAGCUUUGUACAGGCAGGUCGUCUGUCCUCCCUGGAGUUUCUCACUCAAGAACUGGGCUCACAAAUCCAUGUGCGAUUCCAGCUGUACAGGCCACAUUGUCACCAUCCAGGCCAGCACCUGCUGCUGCCCAGUUGUGGAGGACCAGCGUGUGCUCCAGUGGCCGUUUGUGUCCCAAACAACACAAAGACUAGUGAUCCGCCCUCUUGUCCUCCGCUGGAGCAGUGGUGUCCCUUCCAGCACCGGUGCUUGGCUCUGUCUAGUCCCUGCCAACCAUCGUCCUGUCCAAACUGCACCCAGACUCACCGCCUGCCCCCUGGGGCACUGAGGCCCCGCUACACUCUGCAAAAAGAGGUGGUCUUCACUCUACCUGCGGGACCAGCUGCACAUGUAGUGGUACAAGAAUGCUUGGAGGACCUCCUGGUUUCGCGCGGUGACGUCAUCGCGCUGCAGCACGACGCUGGCCCAGAGUCUUUACUCCGCUGCCAGUCCUCCUCACACUCACUGUGGCGACAACCUGUUUUAGUCCUCAACCAGUCGGAGUGGUUCUGGAACAACACCACCAGACUGUCGGCGGAUAGAUGGGCUGAACCUGACGCUGACCCUCUGCCUGACCCAGAGCUAGACGUGGAGAUGUUGGUACAGGACGGAGAGGGCGGCUGGCUGGAGGACGCGGUCUGCCCUGUCCGAUUGCUCUAUGCGGGACACAGUGAGACCCAGCUGCAGGGAGCACAACUGUCUGCUGGUUUACCCCAGCCUGGACUGUACAGCCUGCUGGUGACCUCUGCGGAGCCGUCAUACCCGGCCUCAGCCACAUGCCCACUGCGCGUUGUGCCCCCUCUGGGCUUGACAGUCCUCCACCCGACUCCCCAGAAUGGCACCUUCUACCUGCAGCCCAACGACACCCGCCUUCUUCUCCGUGUCCAGUCUCGCUACAUAACCCACGUAUCACCGCGAGGCAAUAAUCACAGCGUCGUGUUCCAGCCAGAAUGUCCGUCGGAGUUCUCGUCCAACUUGGCAAUCUGUCAGCCCGCGCCAAACUCGGGGACGGGGGUCAAGGUCGCCGAGCCCAGUCUGUAUGCAGUGCUGGAUCUGAACCUGGGAGGCCAGGAACAAGAGAGUCCAGUACAGGUGGAGUUGGAGGCCUUCAAUAAUGUCACCGAAGCCAGACUGGUCAUGUCUGUGCACUUGGAAGUGCCCCUCAGAGGACUGGUGGUGCAGCCACACCCUGCACACAGAGUGCUGAUGGAGUCUGUUGUGAGCUACACAGCAUCCGUCCUCGAAGGCUCCAGUCCCACAUUUAAGUGGACGGUGGACGACAAACCCCACUUCACCUACUACAACACGGUUCUCAAUGUCAUCUAUCAGCAUGCCGCGGUCUACAAGCUCACGGUGACAGCCAUGAACCAUGUCAGCACCCUCACAGAGUAUUUCAACGUGACAGUGGACCGCCUGCAGCCCAUGGCCAACUUGACUGUGAGGGGUGUGCCAGAUGUGGUCCCACAGGGCUCCACACAGACUCUCACCACGUCUGUGCUGGUAGACAUGUCUGUGGACGCCACCUUCCGAUGGUUUUUCGGUGACAAUGGAUAUAAGGAGUUUGAGUACAAGCCUCCCUAUGAUCCUGCCCUCCUCUGCGCAGACUCCCCCAAUCAGGUCCUGCUAAGCAACAAUGUCACCUACAUCUACUCUCAGCCAGGAAUAUACACUGCAGUGGUGUCAGUGUCCAAUCGCUAUGACAAUGUCAGCCGGAGCAUAAACAUGAGCGUCUACAGCAUCCUCACUCGUGUUGAUAUACAAACUGAGCCACAACUCCUGCUCGCUGGGGAACCCGCUGAUUUUGAGGCUCACCCUCUGCCCUCGCCCUACGGAAUUCACUACGACUGGCACUUCGGCGAUGUCUCUGCCCCGUUGCAGGGUCGCCGCGUGGCACACACCUGUGCACAGAGUGGCGUCUUUAAUGUCUGUGUCUCGGUUAACAACACCAUCAGUUCCAUGGAGGCUUGCGCUGAGAUGUUUGUGUAUGAGAAGAUUGGAGGUCUGUGUGCUGAAAGCUCCUCUCCCACCGAGCUUCAUAGUCCUACGACUGUGAGGGCUCGAUUUGCUUCGGGCAAUAACAUCACAUGGACCUUUUCCAUGGGCGACGGAAAUGUCUUCUCUACACCUGAACCUCAUGUGACACACAGCUACACUAAAGAGGGUAACUACACGGUGAAUGUUACGGCCAGCAAUGCUGUGAGCUUUGCUUCAACAGUCCUGUCAGUGCAGGUGUUUGUCUUCCAAGUUAUAAGGAUGGAGCCAUCCGGGUGUGUCCAGGAGCAGACCCCUGUCCACUUUAAAGCCUGGGUUUCCGGUAACGAAUCAGCUCAUUUUUAUGAAUGGUGCUUCGGGGACGGAAGCCCCAAUGAGACACACCACGGCAACCCCACAGUGUCACACACCUACGUGGCAAGUGGGAACUAUCCCCUCUCCUUGCUUCUCUCUAGCGGGGUCAACAGGGCCACCAAGGUGAACUUCUUCAACUGGGUGUGUGUGCAGCCAGCUUUGACCAACAUAAGUAUUACCCUUGAGAAAUCCCAUUACGCCGUUGGAGAGGAGAUCCUGUUCCAGGUCGGCACUGUGCCGGAGUUCAACUACAGCUAUCACUGGGACUUUGGUAGAGAGGAAGAACUUGUGCUCGUCCAUGGCUCUGGGAAUAUUGUGACAAUGUAUGAAACCCCAGGCCAUUACAUGGUGACAGUCACUGUCUCCAAUAACAUCUCCACAAGUAAUGCUAGUGUUUUGGUUGAGGUUCUGAUGUCCGUAGGACCAAUUAUUAUUCGGCAUAAUGGCACUAAAUACAACAACCUGACACUUAAAGCACCAUAUGCUUUUACAACUUCUUCCAUGGCCUCCAAUGUCAAUUAUAGCUGGGACUUUGGAGAUGGAAAUGUGUUAACAGGCCAGAAUAUUUACCACACCUACAAUAUCUCAGGCUACUACAAUAUCACACUAACAGCAGCUAACACAGUCAGCAGGAAUCACACUGCUUUACCUGUUGCUGUGCUCACACCAAUCCGCGGUUUGACUGUCAACUCCAGCUUGAUAAAUGUUCCUCUCAAUGCCUCGGUUCAUUUUGAAGCUCAAAUGGAGGCAGGAGAUGGUGUUCGCUUCUCUUGGAUCUUGUGUGACCGCUGUACCUCAAUACCCGGAUCCCACACCAUGUUCUACACUUUCCGCUCUGUUGGCACUUUCAACAUCAUUGUGACUGCGGAGAACGAUGUCGGAACAUCACAAGCGAGUAUCUUUCUGUUUGUCCAACGCGAGCUGGAGGGUCUGCAGAUUCUAGCAGCGGAGGAGGGCACAGGAAGUGGAGGCACACAUCUGGACACAUGUUGCUUUGCGACAAACCACGUUCUCCACCUUCAAGCAGGAUUAAAGGAAGGAACCAACAUGACAUUUACCUGGAACCUCAUCAGAGAGCCGGACCAAGACAGCUCAAGCUUCAACAUAAGUGGAAAGAGUGUGGAGGUGAAUUACUCCAAGCCGGGCCCAUGUGAAGUCUUUCUUCGUGCUGCCAACCUUCUGGGUCAGCUGUCUGUCAAUAGAACCAUUUACUUCUUGGAACAAGCCAGAGGUGUGUACCUGCAGGUCAGCAAGAACCCGGUCGCAGUCAGUUCUCCAACAAACCUGACAGUCUUGACUAUGGAGGGCUCAGACCUGCAGUACCGCUGGUCUGUGAAUGGCGAGACACUGCAGUGGAACGAUCCCUGGAAAACCCACACCUUCAUCAGUCCGGGCCAAAAACUAGUUGCUGUGGAGGUCUUCAAUGAAGUUAGCUCCAAAGUUGUGUCGGAAAUAGUAAGUGUCCAGGAAGUCAUCUCUGGACUAAGAUUCACAGCCACCAAUGUGACCGAGCAGAGUUACGUGGCAACAGGUACCAACGUCACGCUCCAGGGUGAUGUGCUGACAGGAACCAAUGUGACAUGGACGUGGCUGUUAGAUGGAAGAACAGACAUUGGAAGGAGAACCUCUCUGAUUUUCAAGGAGCCAAAGACAGCCGUUGUUGUUUUAAAUGCCACCAAUGAUGUCAGUGGGCAAGUGUAUUCCAGGGAGUACUUUGCUCAGGACAAGAUCCAAGGCUUGGAGCUGAAGGCCAGCACAAAUAUUGCGGCAGUGGGCCAAAAGGUGGAGUUCACCAUUUCCAUGGCAGCGGGCUCAGACGUCAAUCUGAUUCUCAGCAUCAGUGGAGAUGCCACUGUUAUCACACAUCUCAACCAAACCCAUGUCCAUGUGUUCAGCAGGGUGGCUACAUACAUGGUGAAUCUCACCGCUCACAACCAGGUGAGUUCUAAGAGGUGGCACCUCCAGGUUGAGGUGAUGGAGCCAGUUCGUGGACUCUCCAUCCUGGGCAGCUGUGCAGCGAUCCCUGUUGGUGUGAAGAGAUUGUUUGUGGCCAACAUUUUGACGGGCAAACCUGUCCAUUUCCUGUGGACUUUUGAUCUGUAUCACCUCCACCAGAAACCAGAAUUUGGCAAAGAGGUGUCAUACACUCCAGAAGAGGCCGGCUUAUUGACCAUCUACCUGAAGGCCUUUAACGCCCUGGUCGCCCAAAACAUCACCAAGCACAUCCUCGUGCAGAACCUGCUGACGGCUGCCAUCCUGUACGCAGCACCUCAGGACACUUUCAUCAAAAAGACGAUAACCCUGACGGCCUCCAUCACACCCAGGUCUAACCCUGUGGAGUGUCUGUGGGACUUUGGUGAUGGUUCUACUCAAGCUCACACCACCACCACAAGUGUGGGUUAUGAGUACAACUACCCAGGACACUACCUGGUCCAAGUGAACUGCAGUAACAUGGUGAGCUGGGUCUUGGCCCAGGUGGAGGUAAGCGUCAGUGUAUUAGAGUGUGAGGAACCAGAAGUGCAGGUGGUUCAAGCCCCCCGCCUGGCCAUCUGGCGCUCGCAGCCCGCUAUAAUGGAGGCCAGUGUUGAUCUGAAAGGCUGCGAACGCUACGGAGCUCAAUAUCUGUGGCAGAUACUCUCAGCACCCUGCUGUGAUAAUGACAAAGAUGACCAGAAUCCCUCUGGAGCGGUGACUCAGCCCUCUCAGUCUUUGCCGGUCCCAGUAAUUCACCUUCCAGCGGAGGUAGAUGUGCGUCGCGUGGAGCUGUCGUUGCCUAAGAUGUCUCUGGCAACAGGAAACUACAGCUUGGUGUUUUCGCUGUCAUAUGAAGGCGUGCCACUGAGAAAGGCUGCCUGUCUGCAUCUGAGCGUCAUGCCUGCCAGGCUAAUGCCCAUCAUAGAAGGGGGCACAUACAGGGUGUGUUCAAGAACGCAGGACCUGCAGCUAAGUGCGGAGCAGUCAUACGACCCCAAUAUGGACCGGGACAGCCAGUCACUACUCCACUACCACUGGGAGUGUCAAAGCACCUCGAAGGGUCCAGAGCACUGCUCCACUUUGAACUUUGGCCUGGGUUCCAGUGGUCCAGUGCUAGGAAUCUCUGGUUCUGAGCUGGAGGCGGGCGUCGAAUACACAUUCAAACUGACCAUCAGCAAAGACGGCAUGGUGCCGGAGUCCACCACGCAGACUGUGCUUGUCCAGAGUGGUCACAUACCCAUGGUGUAUCUGGAGUGUGUGUCCUGUAAGGCCCAGUCCAUCUACGUGGUCAGCCAGAACUCCUAUGUUUACCUCAAAGGGACCUGCACCAACUGCCAGGGCUCUCAUCGUGGGCGCUGGAGUGCCAUGACACUGCAGAACGAGACUCUCGUCCUGGACUCCUCCUCCACCACCACUGAGAGUGACGACAUGAAGCUGGUACUGAGGCAGGGCGUCCUGCGCCACAUAGACUCCUACAUUUUCACGCUGUACGUGACCGACGACAGUCUGGACGGUGAGGGCGUCGCCUCCAUCACCUUGCACCGCAAUUUGCCCCCAGCCGGCGGGAAGUGUCACCUGAGAGGCGGAGGGGAAGCAGGAGUGGAUUACGGCGAUGGUGAAGGCUGGAGGGUGCGCACGUUGAUCGACCGCGUGCACUUCAACUGCUCAGGUUACAGUGAUCCGGGAGACUCAGAGACUCCGCUGCUGUACAGUCUGCUGGUGACGCGUUGCAAAGGAGCUUACUGCGAGGACUUCAGCGUGUACAGGGGCAGCAGUCCAGAGCACUCAGCCUUCCUGCCCCCAGGCUUCAGCUCAGCCCAGCAUCGCGUCGAAGUGUCCAUCACAGUGGAGGACCAUCAGGGAGCUGCUGACAUUGCACUGAAAAAAUCCAUUCAAGUGGCGCUGCCAGAGCCCCAUCCGGGUUACAGCAGCCUCUCACACUGGCUGUCUCAUCUGACAGACAGCAAACUCAAAAAGCUGCUGGAGCAGGGAGACUCCCAGAGGGUCAGAGAGUUAUCACUGGCUCUCAUCACAGUUCUAAAUGAGUAUGAGCAGACCAGGGAAACGGUGCGAGUGUCCCGAGAUGAGCGCGGCUACCGCGUCAGAGUGCGCAGCAACAUCACUAGAGCUCUGACAUCUCUGGACCUGACCACUGUUAAUGACAUCCAGCAGACUUCAGCUGCUCUGGCACAGUGCACAGCGGUAAGCCGUGAGUUCAUCUGUGAGGAGUGUCAGAACAGCACGCUCAACAAACUGGAGUCCAUGCUGGAGAUUUUGCAGACUGACACCAAGCAAGGCACUGUGACCCCAACUGAGAUAGCUGACAACAUCCUCAACAUCAUGGGUGAUCUGAUCCACCAGGUGAGCCAGUCCGCUUCGCAGUCCUACUUCCAGCCCGCCUAUGUGGAUUCCCCCUCCCCUGCAUCUACGUCCUUGUCCGCCUCCGCUGGCGAAGACCAAGGAAGCAAUCAAUUAGACCAGUCAACCUCCACACUAGAGCCACAUCCUCUGCAAGUGGCAAUGAAGGCUUACAACCUGUCCUCAGUCCUCAUGCUGAUCCUCAUGCACGCCCGCGUGCUCAAUGAGGAGCCGCUAGUGCUCAAGGGAGCCGAGAUCGCUGCCACAGGAAAACUGGCAGAUCCCCAGAGUCUGCUCUGCUACGACAGCAACGACAGUCCAGCUUGUCAGCGUUUCUCCAUCCCACGAGCUUUUAACAACAGUCUUGGCAAAGCCGCCGCAGGAAACAGCAUCAUGCAACUACUGUUUCAGGUGGAGCCCAACCCUUUCCCUUUCAAUUAUGUUGCCAACUACACCGUCUCUACCGAGGUAACAUCCAUGGAGUUUCGCACUGAAAAUGGCACCCAGAUCCCAAUCUCAGGCCUGGACGACAGUCUAGCCAUUACCGUUGCCAUCAACAAUGGCACUAGUGCAGAUGCAGGUGUGGAGGGAGCCAGCAGUGGAGGGUUACCCACAGCCGGAGCCGUGAACAUCACCCACUGUGACUCCGUCAUAGUCAGGGUCAGCACAGGAAACACCAACAGACAGGCGGGGUUGUUUGUGCAGCUCAACUUCACUUCUCUGGAGGAUGCCAGAGAGAAGGAGAACAGAGGAGAAGCCGGAGAGGAGCCAUACAUCACAGCUUACCUUCAUUCCCAGGAAAGACCGAAUGAGUUUAACUGCACGGACAAAAAGCGCAUCACACUUAGUAUGACUAGAGGGCAAGAUCUGGACCACAAGAAAUACACCUUCUUCCUGUCACCAGAAUCCUACGACACCACUCUGGACUACUUCGUCAACGUGAGUACGCCGUGCAGCCCAGACGCUCAGCCUGCAGGUGUGUGUUUGGAGGUGGGGGUCUUUGCCUCCCUGUGUCAGUACUUCAGUGAGAGUGAGAAACAGUGGCGGACAGACGGCAUGGUGCCCCUGGCAGAGACCAACGCCAGCAGGGCGGUCUGCCGCACAAGGCACCUCACCGCUUUUGCUGCAGGCCUGUUUGUACCGACCAACGCUGUCAGUUUUAAAGUGCCGGAGCGCUCCGGUCCACCGAGCCUGGUCGUGCUGUUGGUGUGUGUGCUGGGCUUGCUGAGCUACGUCGUGGCGGGAGCCAUUUUGCACAAGUUGGACCAGCUCGAUCUGCGACGGGCGGCUGUGGUUCCACUCUGCGGCCGCGACGGCCUCUUCAAAUACGAGGUUCAGGUCAAGACUGGCUGGAGUCGAGGGGCAGGCACCACAGCCCACGUGGGGAUUAGUCUGUACGGGCGUGAGAGCCGCAGUGGCCACCGCCAUCUCGACAGCAGAGGAGCGUUCUCACGCAACGCUCUCGAUAUCUUCCACGUUGCUACGGACAGCAGCCUGGGCAGUGUCUGGAAAAUACGAAUUUGGCAUGACAACAAGGGUCUGUCCCCGGCGUGGAUGCUGCAAUACGUCUUGGUGAAAGAUCUGCAGACGGGAAGCAGCUACUACUUUCUGGUGGAGGAGUGGCUGUCGGUCGACAACGACAAAACAGACGGACGCGUCGAGAUCGAGGUGGAGGCGUCAGAGGAGACGGUGCUCCUGCAGCUGCCCCGCCUCCUGUGGUGCGAGUCGCAGCGAGCGCUGUGCGAGAGUCACCUGUGGCUGUCGCUGUGGGAGAGACCCCUGCGCAGCCCCUUCACCCGCCUGCAGAGAGCCACCUGUUGCACUGUGCUACUGCAGCUCUUUCUGUUGGCCAACACACUGUGGUACAGCGUCGUGGUGGACAAGAGAUACAGCCCGCGGGCCGUGUCUCGGCUGUCUUCAUUAAACGGAGAGACGGUGGCGGUUGGCGUGGUGACCUGUCUGAUUGUCUACCCUGUGUACCUGCUUGUCUUCACGCUCUUCAGAAUGAGCCGCAGCAAGUGUGUGUCUGUGGAGCAGGUGCCACCACAAGUCGACCAAGAGUCUGUGGAGAUCGACGACUUCCUUGACAAUUCGGUCGCAGGAAGCUCCUUCCUCUUCUUUAAUGGCGAGACCAACUCGGAAGAAACCAAUGUCGAUCUCCCCACUCCGUCAACUAAAAGUGUGGACAGUUGGGCCAUGGCAGAGGAGGAGACGGAGGGAGACAGAGAUUGGCCGGAGUUGUUGAGUGACGCGUCCGUGGUGGGAGGGGCGGGGCACGGAGCGGGACUGCCCAGACUGAAGAGAGGUCAGGGGAGCAGGCACCUGGGUGUUGACAUGACGUUUAACCCCGACGACGACGACGGAAAUGACCGACGCAAUAAAUGUUUCACCUCUUCAGAUGAGGAUCUGAUCAAACACAUCCUGGCCGACGGACAGAACUUCUUUCCUCCGGCAGAUGAGAGCGAGAUGGCUGACCUGUCGAGCAUUUUCGGGGAUAAAACUGAAGUGAUUCUCCUCCAGAAGCUGAACGAGCCUCUUCCUCUAGAAUCUGUCCGAAGGGAUCCACCAAAAACUGCUUUCAUCUCAAAUACAGUUGUGACGGACGUGUGUCGUCCCAGGCGCUUUCCUCCGUGGUGUGGACGCGCCACCCUGUGGGGCAGCUGGGCAGGGAUCGCUCUGGCGAAUGCUAUUUCGAUGUGGGCAGGUCGGGGGUUCAGUCAGAGAGUCGCCACAAUGUGGCUCAUCUCGUGUUUUGCCAGUUUACUGUGCUCGUGCCUGGUGUUGGAGCCAAUCAAGGUUUUGUGCGAGGCCGUGUACUACGCGGUGUGCGUGCGCCGCCUGCGUCCAGAAGACCAGGACGUGCUGGUGGAGUUCCCCCGUGUAGAGAGGGUGGUUCAGCGCGUCCCCAGAGUGAGACCACCACAGGGAUUUGCUCUGUCCCAAGCCAGGGACCAGGCGCGCAAGGUGCACAUGCUGCACACCAUGCUGAAGAAUUUCCUGGUUUAUAUGUUUUUCCUGUUGGUGGUUUUACUCCUGAACUACUCCGACUCAGCCAAAGACACACACGGCCUGAGACUGCGCACACAACUGCAACAGGCCCUACACACACCCGAGUAUCACAACAUCAGCAGCCGAGACAAUGUCUUGACAUGGCUAAAUGAGUCCCUGUUGCCGCGGUUACUGGACGACUCUGCCCUCUUGAGAGACACGGGGACUGUGUUACUCGGCACUCUGAGGCUGCGACAAAUCCACGACGCACGGGUUGCAGAUGGUGCCGGGGCAGGAGACGGCGUUUGGGCAAGGGGCCGCUUUAUCACUCCUGACGCAAACCGGGUGUGGCGUGUGGGUCAAGUGAGGAUGUACAACAGAGGCGAGGCGGUCCACCAGCUGAACCGAAGCCUGGAGGAGGCCUUUUCCUCCUUACAGCAGCUCAAGCAGCUGCACUGGCUCGACUACAGGACCCGCGCCGUGUUUGUGGAGUUCUCGCUCUACAACGUCAACACAAACCUCCUGGCUGUCUUCUCCUUCCUGUUUGAGUUUCCGGUGUCGGAGCGUGCCCUGUCCAGUCUCGACCUGCGCGUCAUUACUCUGUGGCCAAUCACAGGCCUGGACCUGCAGCUCCUUCUCACGAUCAUCCUGUUCGCCCUGGUGCUGUACUUCCUGGUGCGCGGGGUCUUGGGCUUUGUCCGGGGAGGCUACAGGUACCUGCUGUCCGCCUGGAGACUCCUGGGCAUCUGUAAGCUGGCUCUGGCGGCGUCGGUGUGCGGACUGCACCUGAGCUGCUGCGCCAUGGCCAAGCAGCAGUGGGCGUCGUACACGCAGUGCCCGGGGAACGCCUUCACGGACUUCCACCCGCUGGCCAGACAGACUCAAAUGUACUCGGUCGCGUCGGCGAUGCUGUUGUUCGUACUGGUGCUCAAGGCUUCUCACCAGCUGCGCUUUCUCAGAGAGUGGGCCGUGUUUGGCAGAGCUCUGCGGCGUUCGGUGUGGGAGCUGCUGGGAGUCGCCCUGGCUUUACUGCUGUUGAUGCUGGCUUACUCACACACAGGACACCUGCUCUUCAACUCCGUAUUGGACGGCUACGGCAGUGUGAGCGCCACCUGUCUGUCCUUGCUGGGUGCUGGCGGGCGGGGCUUGUUGACCUGGCGUCCCGGCUGGACAUUUUCUGGUCCCUCCAGCACGGUCUCCUCGCUGGUGUUCCACACGAGCUUCGCCGUGCUUCGGCUGGUGCUGCUCUGGACGAUCACUUCCCUGCUGCUGAGGAACUACCGGCGCGCGCGGGCAGAGCUGUACCGACCGGCCGUGGACCUCCAAGACUACGAGAUGGUCGAGCUGUUCCUCAGGCGACUCAAAAUGUGGAUGGGUCUCAGCAGGGCCAAGGAGUUUCGUCACAAGGUGCGCUUUGAAGGCAUGGAGCUGCCACCAUCUCGCUCAUCCUCCACCAGCGACUGUAAGUCCCUGUGCCUGCCGCCGCUGGACGAUCCAGACUCUCCACCCACACCAGACAGUGUCGACGCCGGUUCGGAGGCCUCGUGGCGCCCGGCCUCUUCCAGUCCCUGCAGUCUGACCGAAGCCCCGGGCAUUGGCCUGGGGCUCGGGUUAGGUCUGGGUUUGGGUCUGGGCCCCGGGGUAGUGGUGGGAGGUAUUAGCUGGAGGGAGAGGGCCGAGACCGAAGCCUCUCUCAGGAGACUUCUUCCUACUCUGGACGCCCUGCUGCAACAGCUUGACCGUGUCACCAUGGCAACAGAGGAUCUGUACCACGUGGAGUGUAAACUGGAGCGCGCCCAGAGGAAAAGGCGACACAGAGGGAGAGAGAGAGAAGGAGGUGGUCAAGAGAGGAGGAGCGAGGCAGGGCAGAGGAGCAAGUGUGAAGACAAGGACUCUGCCGGCUGGAGGGAGCGAAAGAGUGGAAAAGAAAAACACAAAGGGAGCAGGAAGGGCAAAAGGACAGAUAAAAGUGAACUUGUAAAGGACUGUGGAAACACCACUGCUAAUCCCAAAAAGACUCCUGUAGUUACACCCGUUCCCUUUUCUAAGCCCAGACCAGCCUCAACACUCACCCCUGCUCCUUUGCCCACACCAGUCACUGAGAAAUCUGCCACCCACUCCUCUCUCCCCAUCAUAUCGGGAAACACCCCCCCUACCAAUGCCCCACUCAAAACACCCACUGCACAUCCAUAUACCCCCGCACCUUCUUUGCCCUCCACUCCUGCCCCCGCACCCAUCACCCAGGACUGGGAUCCUCCCAGAGAGAGAGAGACAGUCCCCGCCUCCAGCCUGUUCAACCACCCAGCUCACACAACCACCAUCCCCACACGCAAGCGAAAACGCAAGCCCCUACCCCUGAAAAAUAAGGUGCACCCCAACUUAGACAGGCACGGCUCCGGACACCCCAAAUCAUGAGGACAAAUGGACAGAUGAAGAAGGGUAGAGGGGGAAAGGAGGGAAUAAAUGUUGGGUUAAGGACGAGAGGAGGACAGGGACAGCGGGUUUUGUCCCAAGGUGCCGCUCUCUAAACCCAGGAAAGCAAUUUGGGUGAAAGCAGAAGAGACAGCGAUGUGACCAGAUGAGCAGUGAUCAAAUCCCAGCUCAGUUCACUCUGAAACAAGGUGCGGGUUCACCUGUGUUUAAGUGAGCUGCUUCAAACAGUCACGUCAAGGUCAACACUAAUCUCAAACAGCACUCUCCCACCUUUCCUUUACGAUAAAACACAUGCGACCCUGGUGGUCACAUGUGGUCACUGACAGGAACACACGAGCGUGUUCACCAGAGGACUUUGCCAAAUGAAAGCAGACAAUUGGCAGUCAGUCUUUUUUUGUUCUAUGUAUAUAUCAGAAGAAAAACCCCCGGUGCGUUUCUCAAUUGUGUCGUCUUGUCUACGUGUGUUUAUAUUGUAAUAUUUCGGUUACCAUGGGUACAAGUGGCCUGUCUGAAAACGUGUCACACAUUUUCGACCCCAAAUUUGCAUGCAGGCACACAUACACACGCACACAGAAAAUGAACACUGUAGGCACAGGUGUGCUAAUGGUAACACGUCAUACACUACAGCUACAGCUACACACACACACACACACACACACAGACUGUUGGGAUUCCCAGCAGCUUGUUUUUCAGGGUGCAGAUAUCAACAUCUCUCCAUACAGGUCCACUUGAGAGAGAUUAAAGACGAACGAGGAAUAAAAACUGAGUGUCGUUACGGAGUAAAGACGGCGCUCAGAGACGUUUCGUUUGUUUGAGGAAAAAUGAUUUUGCAUUCACUUAUAUGAGGUAAAGACUAUUAACAAUCUUAAAGCUAUAAUGAAGGAGUAUUUUAUUGAUUUUGUUCCAUAUGGUUGUGAUUUAAAAGCACUUUUGUUCAGAUGUAGAUUGUCUCGUCAGCGAAGGAGCAGAGUCAAAAAUAAUAAGCUUGGUAUCCAGACCAAUAGAGGAAGCUUCACUCGUAUCGUCACUAUAAACGCUGCCAAAGCUUUUGUAUCAUUUAUGUAUCCUGAAUUGUUACCGUGCAGAGUAAUUAUUCAUUCAUUCAUUCAGUUUGUAUUUAGCACUUUAUUUUCUGGUUGAGCUGAUAUACAACAUAUUUAACUCUCCCUGCGUCAAGUUUUCCUUCCAUUAUAGAGACGUGUUUGUAUUAUUAUUGAAUCAGUCGGUUUUGUAUUUGGUCUUUUGCUUUCGUCUCAUAUUUGUUUUUGUAAUGUUUUUGUCUUAUUGUGAUCAGCAUGAGGACACUACAUGUCCAGUGGCCUCAGAUCUCAGGGAACCCCCCCACCCCAUCACCUGGACAGACCACCAUAAAAACCAAAUAUGCUUUCUUCACUCAUCACAGAACAUGGUUUUGAAUUUGGCCAUUAACCUCGAUUUCCAGCUGUGUGGAAUUUCAGCUGGUGUCAGUCAUAUGCCGGUCUCUUUUUUUUGGUUGGUUGUUGAACGAUAUGAAAGGGAAUUGAUCUUUCAAAAGGUGCUAAUGGGACAUCCACAGAGGGCUCAAGGUCCUUUUCCCCUCCCUCUACAAAGCUGGUGCCACCGUCACACAGCACGUUCAAUCUGAACCCUUUUGUGUCAAACACAUUUUCACUCGACUUCGUUUCAGGAUCUCGCAAAAAACAAACAAGCCCACGUUCCAUUCCUUUGUGUGUGUACAUUUGUGUAUAUAUUGGUGCUUCAUGAUGUAUAUAUUUUUGCUUCUUAUGAUCAGAAUUGUUUAAAAUGUCGCAGCAGCGUUUUCAUAAUGUCAAGCACUGGUGUUUUUACGAAUUCCAAAGAUUUACUUAUCUCCAGUGUGACUGAAGCACUUCAGCCAAAGCUAACAAUGUACUUCAUAUAAAGCGUUCUCCACAAUAAGCCAAACAUGAAACCACAGGAAGCCCAGCUGUUAACGCCUCCACACACGUACCUGCUUCAUGUGCACAGUAUGCAGCGAGAAGCGUGCCAGAGCUCUUUGUCUUCAAGCUGCCUCGUGUUGUACAAUGCAUUUUUGUCUUAACAUAUUUUAUCUCUGCUCUUUUUUUUUUUGUAUCAUCUUAUCGUGUAAUGUUUGCAGUUGUAGCACUUCUCAUGUUUUUGCACUUGACAAAGUCAAAUAAAGAGUUUGACAGCAA